CAUUCGGCGUUUUUCUGCGUAACUGUGUGGACGUUAUUCUGAACGGCAACCAAAAACCCAGCAGGCAUUCAACUUUAAAAGCAGCAGAGCUACCUGAAAAAAGUGGUCAAGCAAGAGUAAUUGCACAAAUUUAUGAAAUUUGCGAAUCUUGUUGUACCUACGUGUUUUGGUUUUAAGUAUUAAAAACAAGUCGUGUUUGCGUACGCGUGCUAUUUGCAGAAAAGUAAAACUAAAACCUUCGCGCUUCUCUUUGAAAAGUAAUUCUUUAAAAGUUAAAAUGGCUGAUGUGGCUGAGAAAAAGAACGAGACCCCCGUGGUUGAGAAAGUUGCCGCUGAAGAGGUUGAUGCUGUAAAGAAGGAUGCCGUCGCUGCCGACGAUGCAGCAGCAGAGACACCGACCACCACAGAGAACGGUGCCGGCGAGGAGUCGAGCAGCAGUGUCGAUGGCGCUAAGGAGAACGGUGCUGAGGCCAGCGCCGAAGCUGCGCCCGCUGCCGACGCUGUCGAUGGUGAGAAGACAGACGCCGCAGCACCAGCCGAUGAGAAGAAGGUAGAUGAGGAGGCUGAGAAGACAACAGCUGAGGCUAAGCCAAGCAGCGAGGCCGCCGCAGCCGUUGAGAAUGGCGCCGAUGAUGCAGAGGCAGCUAACGGUGACUCAAAAGAUGCGCCCUCCGCUGAAGCUGUGAAGCGAAAGGUGGAUGAUGCCACCGCUAAAGCCGAUGAGGUCGUUGCCACGCCGGAGAAGAAGGCGAAGCUGGACGAGGCCAGCUCAAAGGAUGAAGUUCAAAAUGGUGCCGAAGCCAGCGAGGUGGCUGCCUAAAGAGUCCUGGCUAACUGCAUCGCAUCGCAUCGCCCGCUCAGCCAGCAG